CACUUCCUUUUCUUACCGCACUUUCCCUCCUCCCGGGCGACCCGAGCGGCUCCGCCUCUCCGCCCGCCUCCUCCUGCCCCUACGGAGGAGGGCAAGAAAUAGCCCGGGCCUUGGCCCGUGCUGGAGCUGCUGCUUUAUUUAUCCCUUCGGACCUUCUUUCCCCGGGGUCGGGAAAGGGGCAAAGUGAGGCUGCAGUCCCAUUCUGACAGAGGCUGCAAGGAGGGAUUUGGAAGCCCAGCCGCGCGCUCUCUUCUCGUCGUCCCGCUGCUUUGCACGGCGCCCCUCCGGGUGUGCAGCCGCCGCCAUGAGAUUGCUGCGGGCGCUGCUAAGGAGCGUCUCCCCGCUGAACACCAUCCCUCAGCAGGUGGAUUUCUACUGCCGCUUCUCCCCGUCCCCGCUUUCCAUGAAGCAGUUCCUGGAUUUCGGAUCUGACAAUGCUUGUGAGAAAACCUCUUUUAUGUUUCUGCGACAAGAGUUGCCUGUAAGAUUAGCAAACAUAAUGAAAGAAAUAAGUCUGCUUCCAGACAAUCUUCUUAAAACACCUUCAGUUCAGCUUGUUCAGAGUUGGUAUGUGCAAAGUCUACAGGAGAUCCUUGAUUUUAAAGACAAAAAUGCUGAUGAUACAGAAGCUAUUUCUCGUUUUAAAGAUACUGUGAUAACAAUCCGGAACCGUCACAAUGAUGUCAUUCCUACCAUGGCUCAAGGCGUGAUCGAGUACAAGGACAACUAUGGAGUUGACCCAGUGACUAGUCAGAAUGUGCAGUAUUUUUUAGACCGCUUCUUCAUGAGUCGGAUUUCAAUCCGAAUGUUGCUUAAUCAGCACACUUUGUUGUUUGGAGGAAACGUUGAAGUUAAUCCAGCACAUCCCAAACACAUUGGAAGUAUUGACCCUAAAUGCAAUGUUGUUGAAGUUAUAAAAGAUGGUUAUGAAAAUGCAAAGAGCCUCUGUGACUUAUAUUAUAUGAAUUCUCCAGAACUUAUUCUUGAAGAGAAGAAUGUAAAAUCACCAGGGCAGCCUAUGCAAGUGGUAUAUGUGCCAUCACAUCUCUACUACAUGGUUUUCGAACUUUUCAAGAAUGCAAUGAGGGCUACCAUGGAACAUCAUGCAGAACGGGGAAUUUACCCUCCAGUUCAUGUCCAAGUCGCGUUGGGCACUGAAGAUUUAACUGUGAAGAUGUGCGACCGUGGUGGUGGUGUUCCUUUGAGGAAAAUAGACCGACUGUUUAACUAUAUGUAUUCAACUGCACCGCGUCCCCAUGUGGAGACAUCACGAGCAACCCCUCUGGCUGGAUUUGGUUAUGGUUUACCUAUAUCUCGUCUGUAUGCUCAGUACUUCCAAGGAGAUCUGAAGCUCUAUUCUCUAGAAGGUUAUGGCACAGAUGCUGUUGUCUUUAUAAAGGCUUUAUCAACUGAGUCGGUUGAAAAAUUGCCAGUGUAUAACAAAUCGGCUUGGAAACAUUACACGGCCAAUCACGAAGCAGAUGACUGGUGUGUCCCAAGUAGCGAACCAAAGGACAUGACAACAUUCCGCAGCACAUAGCAGCAGGAGGCCAGGCGUGCUGAGCCAAAGAGGGUCCUGUCACCUAUGGUCAGCUUACUUAUUAGCACCACUAUCACAUGUCUAACGGGGAAGGAUGCAUCUCCAUAUCCAAACUGGAGUCCGAAAACCAUAUCAUUGCCUAGAGUUUUCCACAGUGUUCAUUUCUAACAAGUGGUGUUUUUCCUUCUUUGCAUCUUUAAAUUACUUCAGCAAAUGCACCUUAGAUUACUUGAGCAAAGUCUAGAGGACAAAAGACCCGAACAGUGUGUUUAAAUAUUGUUCUGCUUAACCAUCAGUCAUUCCAGUGAACAAUUCAUGGGAUGGAUUAUUUACUUUGUACAUCUCCUCUGGGAUCAGUUGCACUCGCGCAGCCUUUUGCUCUUGAGGACUUCAGAAGGGCUUUACAAUGUGAGAGAAACAAUGUGAGCUUAUCUCGUUUGUUCAUUUUUUUGUAUUAUGCGGAAUUGAUUAAUUGGUUACUGUCAGCGUAAACAACUCUUUAGCUUUAUAUUUAUAGGUAUAUAUUUACAGCUAGACAUAGAAGUGCUUGAGCCUCGUUCAUUUUGUUUUGAAAAUGGAACUAUUUUAAAUCUUUGUCACUGAAAUAAAUGAUACUUCAAAGGACUUCAAGCACUUGGCUUGUCCAGGUGUAGUGUUUUCCCAAUUGGAGAGAGCAAAGCAGAUCUUUUAAGGAUGCAGGGCCACCUGUAUCCUCAGAAAGGAGGCCGGUCUCUGAGCUACUACCAAGUUAAGUAGGCAAAAGAUUGUAGUCUUAUUUUCCUCUGAGAUAUUAAUGGAAUUUAAAAGUGUAUAAUUUGGGAUGAAUUUUCCAUUCACAUUCAGGGACCUUAGUAAAACCCUUCCUAAUAGAAUACAACUCGUACACAAGUGUUGCCAAAUACAGUUGGUCUCACGGAGUUGAUCACAAUAUGCGAGGUAAGGGUUGCCAUAUGACUGCAAUGAAUUAGUUUCUUUUCACAUUUAUUCUAAUAUUUCCAUAGAACAGUGAGAUAUAAUUGCUUUCUAAGAAAACAAAUUGGAACAUUAUACUGUGUCAUUUUAUUUAUAUUGCUUUAUGGCAUAUUUUAAUGAUUCCAGUUAUGUUUUCCCUUUCUGCAAGGCAGAUUUGACCAAUGACCUAGGUGUUAAAAACAAAUUUCAUUCCACUGAAAUCAGCUAAACACUGGUGUCACUGCUAAUCCUUUACUAUUGUAGUUACUUAAAGUGCUACUCAAAAGUAAAACCCCAUUGCAUGAGUAAAGGAUGUAGCUUUACUCAUUGAAACUGCAGACUUAAAUACAUUACAUCAUACUGUGUUUCCCCAAAAAUAAGACCCUAUCUUAUAUUUUUUGAACCCUGAAAUAAGCGCUUGGCCUUAUUGCCAUGCACUCAAAAGCUUGAUUGGACUUAUUAUCAGGGGAUGUCUUAUUUUGGGGGAAACAGGGUAAGUCCCACUGAAUAUUACUUAGUGGGACACAGAGAAGAAGAUUGGCUUAACUCCCUCAGCUGAUACUUAGGAAAGCAUCAUACACACCCUGAGUGAUUUGAAGCCCCACACCACUGCAGAUUGGGUUUGGGACCUAUUUCCCAUUUUCAUUUCAAGUCAAAAGAUAGCUAGAACAUUUUUGUCUGACCGACCGAGAUGAAAAUUUCAGAAGACCAUAUAAGGAGACGAUAUAUAAUGAAUUUCAGACCAAUCGGUACAGAAUGGGUUGUGCGCAAAAUGAAACAACAUACUUUGAAAUUAAAACAAAACCAGCCCCGUUUGCAAAGUGCCUGUUACAGCUUUGAAUUUCUCUCAUCAUGGAGGCUAUUGUUGAGCAUUAGUUUGUAGUCAUUGUACCACUCCUCUUAGAAGUAGGAGGCAACAUCCUGAUUUUCAAUCAGGAAUCUUGAAGUAAUAAUAUAAUGUACCUACAAAAAAUAAUUAUUGGUCAGAAGAUGAAAUACUUCCUCUCUUCCAGCAAAAUGAGCCCUGGAUUGUAAAAAAUAUUACAGAUAGCUAAUAAGGACAAUUAAAAUAGUAAGAGUGCAAAGAAGUUACAGUUACUAUAUCAAGGGUGUCAAACUCAUGUCGUCACGGUGGCGUCACGUGAUGUAUAGGGACUUUUUUCUCCUUCGCUAAACAGUGGGUGUGGCCAGCGUGUGAUACAUCUGGUCCGCAGGCCAGAAGUUUUGACAGCCCUGCACUAGAUAGAUACAUAAAAUAAGCUUCUUCCUGCAAGUAAAACCAUUUACUCAAUACUAAAAUUAGUUAAUUUCCUUUUAUUGUGCUUCAUUGUGUUCCAGUAUGAUUUCAAUUCUCAAGCUUUUUAUUUUUGAAAUGCACCUUUUUAUAUCCCUCAUUUUUUUUUUCUAUACUUCCCAGUUACUCGGACAGACUGACCCCAGAUGAUACGCGGUUAUCCUUAUCUGCAGUUGUGAUAGAACAUUUCAAAUAUUUGAUGGAACAAAACUUAACCUACUGUGAAUCUUAUUCCUAUAGGGAACAAUGGCAGUUCGAAUUAGUUUCCUUGUUUAGUCUUGGAACCACCAAAGAAAAGGUGGUGGCAGUCUUACCAAUAGAGAAAAUAGCCAUGUUUAAAAUGUUAUUUAAAACCUGUAACCAAUAAUGAAAACGGAUCGUUCAGCAUAGCCAUAGAACAGAGCCCAGUGAGGAAGCACCAUCAGUGGAUUCAGGUCAGCCAUUCAUGGAAGAAAGGCAACAAAAUAACAAACUCCUCCAUAACAAGGAAUUUUUAAAAUUCAUCAUGCUUACCUAUCUUCCUUAUGUCCAAAAUAAAUCUCAUUUAUCGACUUGCCCAUAAACCAACCUCCUUUGCACUGGUUCCCUCCUGUUCAAAUAGGUCUGGACAAUAGCAGUGAUAGAUCCUGUGCCCCUUGCUCUAUGAACUACUGCCUUCGUUUAUAAGCCCAUGUUUGGGAGAAUGAAAGAAAAGGUAGAUCAAGGGUGUCAGAAGACUCGUUUGGAAAACAGGCCUUUUUGUUCCAUGUUUAGCAAACUUGAAAAAGCUGCUUUGAGUGCAAAGCAUUUUAAAUGUCUCAGUGCAAGUGUUUUUCUGAGCACUUUACAUUCUACUUUUAUUUUUUUUUUAAAUGGAAUUUGCUGAUCACUUCUAGGCUACUUGGUGAAAUUUCUUGGAAAAAGGGUUCUGAGAGCAGCCCUGUUAAAUUCCUUAUGAAAAGGUUUGGGCGGUUUUGUGGAAAAAUAGUGUUUCUAUUUGAGUUUUUUCUCCUGUAGGCAGUGGUUAGAAGAAUAAUGGAGAGCCUAUAGAGAUGGCAACAAAAGAACACCCCUCUCAAUUACAAUGCUUAAGGCCAUAAACCUUAACCCAUUUUUACUUAAGAGAAAGCCUUAAAACAUGACAGUGCCAACGUAUGUAUGGAUUUUAGAUGAUCAAGAAAAUAGCAGACUAGAGCUACCUUUGUGUUGGGAAACUUUACAUUUCCUCUAUCAAGAAACUAAAUGUACUAAAUCACAGGAUAAGAUUAUCCUUUCAAUACCGGUUGAUCAGUGCUGGUAGUUUUCAAAUAAGCUACAGUACAUAGUAAGUCUACAUUACGGAAAUAAUCAUUGUUGGAAGAAAAUAAUUCAUUACAUGAAUCAUCAAUCAGGAGCUUGAUAGAUGGAUUUGGCCCUUGAAAAGUUAAUUUUUCAAGCUCAGGUGUCCAUUUGAACCUCAAGAAAAUAUGAUCUGGGGCAAGGGACCAGAGAAAGACUGUAUUAGUAUUAUCUAUCCUUGAAUGAAUUACAAAUGUUAACAGCCAUCAAGUAAGCCUAUGGUCUGAUAAUCCAAUAAUGAAAUUUGCCACGUGCCAGACUGCAAAUGAUUCAAAUAGGUUUAACAGACACCACUAGAUUUGCAUAUAGGCCUUGGGAUAUAUGUAUAUUUUGUCCUUACUGAAAUGAGAUGGUAUUGGGUGUUUGACAAUUCAUAUUACUGAAAGUUUAUAGAAAAUAAUUGUUUAUGCUACAAAGUGGAUUUAUUUGCUGUUAUUUUGAAGUUUGAUUUCUAUUAACACAGUAUUUAAAAUAAUGAUGAUAAUAGUACACCUUUAUGGGAAUUUCUCAUAUUGAUAGUACUAGAUAGAAAAAUCAUUGUCCUCAUAGUUGAAAAGUAAAAUGGAAAGCAAUCACAUUUGUUUUUAAAAUAUUAGUCUUGUACUAUGAAAAGUUGGAUUUGUAAGAAAAUGACACUAAUUUUUGUAAAAAAUAAUAAAGUUUGACUUUUUUUUUAAAAAAAA